AAGAUGUCUAUUCUGCAUAGACAAGUUUGAUUCAUCUCUCUCUUAAGUGCUUGAUGCAUUAGUUAGCCAGCCUGAAGUGGUUUAGCAAACAAUAAACCUUUUCGGCGGAAAAUCACUAGACUGGAGAAAAAACAGAAAGAGGCACCGACUAAGACAGAGAUAUUCAAGAAAGGAGUGAAAUUUGGUUUGAUUCCCACCAUGAAGAUGGCCGAUAGGAAAUGACCCUCCCAGUUUUGAGAAAGGAGGUGGGGUGCAAGGGAUUCAAACUAAGGCAGGCUUUACAGUGACUCAAACCCUCCCAAAGACAGAGUGCAGACAGUCUCCACAGCACUAAGAAGUGGGCUUACUGUGACUGAACAGCAGCUUUUCUCAACAACCUAAAACCAGAAACAAAAGAAAUCCUUAGUCUCUCUAAAAGAAGGCAGAUGAGGCGCCUGGUACCAGGACAAUGGAAAACUGAGCAGGUCCAGCACAUUUUACUGUGUUUAGUGUAAAAGGGAAAAGUAGCAAGAACAAGCCGGAGGAUACCAGAGAUUAUAUUACCAUGGAAACCAAAAGCUGGAAGCGGACACAAGGACCACUGGAGGUGGAUGAUCUCCCUUGAAUGCAACAACACAUCGCUAUCCUGCUGCACACUGUGGUGAGAGAAUGCUGUGGAGAAUCACCAUCCCCAUCCUCCUUGCUGGGUUCUUCUGCACCAAUGCAGAGGCCAAAAAGCUCCGUCCCCAAGGCUCAAUACCAUCCCCACACAAGACCAAAGGAAACCUGUCUGCAGAUCACCCCCACAGACUUCUGCAGCAGAAACCAGAAGUCCUGUCCUCAAGCAGAGAAGCCCUAGUUGUGACCGAGCGGCGUUACCUCCGAAGAGACUGGUGCAAGACCCAACCCCUUCGCCAAACGAUCAGUGAAGAGGGUUGCCGUAGCCGCACUGUGGUCAACCGCUUCUGCUAUGGCCAGUGCAACUCGUUCUACAUCCCACGGCAUUUGGGUCCCAGCUUGGGUCAUGGACAGAAUCGAGGACAGGCUUCAGGCUCUGGACGAAAAGGUCACAAUAAAGCUCAGGAGCCCUUCCAGUCCUGCUCCUUUUGCCGGCCGCAUCGCAUCACACAGCUCACAGUGGAGUUAGACUGCCCUGAUCUGCAGCCACCCUUCAGACACCGCAAAGUGCCGAGAGUCAAACAGUGCCGCUGCAUGUCUGUGGACGUGAGCGGUCACGGAAAACUGUGAAGGACUGCCUUUAAAGAUUUUUUUUUUUCCUUUUUGCUGUCAGAUUAGUUGCCAAAGUAAGGGCAAUAAACUUUAUCAUCAUCAAGUCCUAAUAAAAAAUGGCUUGUCCAAGAAAAACUGAACAUUAAACCUGUGAGAUUUAGACUCAACACUGAACUAAUCAGAGACUUGCAGCCAAGAGUUCUGGUCAUUCGAGUUCAGAAACAAUUUUCAUUCCACUGUGCAAGUGAUGGUAAUAAUACAGCUGUCCGGACGCAAAGCGGAGCACAUUGUCUUACCUAGGUGUAACAUUUUAAAUAAAGGAGAUAUCUUUUGAAAGGAGACGAGCCAAAUGGACAUAAGAUGAUCAUGUUGACCAUUGUAUCCUAAAAAUACAUUUUCAGAACAAUGCAACAAUUUUAAGUUUCCUCAAUAUGGGCUGUUUUAUUGCCAGUUUUUGCCUUGUGUGCAUACUAUUAUGUCCCAUAAUUGUGAUUAAGUCAACACUGCCUAUGGUUUAUAGAAAGAAACAUGAAGCAUCACAGCAACGGCCAGUGUCUUCAACUUGUUUAGGCUCAAAACUUGGCUGUAGGUUGACCAAAACAUUCUGCCGCGUGUGUGAUGGUGGUCCAAUGGAGUAUAUCCAGCAUAAUAUCAUAUGUGUGUAAGUGUAUUUGUUUAAAAUAUAUUAAAUCUAUUUCAUAAGAAACCA